GGGGCCCAGUUUCGUUUUAUCAGCACAUUUUGUGGCCAUUAGAACAAAGGAGAUGUUGACAGCAAUGCCUGUUACUGGGCUGAAAUUACCACUCCCAUUUCCAUAUGGUAUAGUUCUUCGAGGGGUGCGACACAUCCAGUCUAGAGUGUAUUUCUUAUCUUAAAAUCUCAUGAAAAAAGCACCCAACGAUCUUGUCUUCCAAAUGUGUCGUUUUCCAAGAUUACGAUUUUCCCUUUACUAAAAUUGUCAACUGUAGGUAAUUUUGCCCUACUGUUGCAGGUAUAUUACAAUACAAUCGCAUAACAGUCUGGCUGUUCCAUCAGUUCAAAUCAGAUUGGUGUGUAUAUCUAUACAGAUCUAUACUAUAGCAUAUGCAUGUUGGCAAUGCAAUGGUAGUAUUAGUAUUAUACAAGCAACACAAGAACACCAUUCGCAACAUCAACAGCACAGCUGGCAUAUCACAGUACAGUUUGAGCAGGAAUUAAUUUCAGAAAAUAAAUAAUAUGUUCCAAAACAUUUGUUUGUAGUUCGUAGUUCGCGGUUAUCAUCGAGGUGCAAUAAUAAUGAAUCUUCCAACCGUCAAAAUCGAAGUUCCGGAUCCACCCACUGGCGAGCCGGAGUCCUACUGUCGGUUUUGCUACUCAGCAGAACGGUUGGUGUCAAUUUUCCCCGCCACUGGCAAUCCCCAUCAACGGGUCAUCGACCUUCUAAAACAGUUGACGUCGAUCAAGCUGAACGUGCUGGAUGACUUUCCUUCGGCUAUUUGCGGCGGAUGCUUUGUAAAACUAGAGGAAUUCGACCUUUUCAGAAGGCAAUGCAUUGUGUAUCAUGACGAGACCAAACGGCUGCGGAUCAGUGCGAAAGCAUGCACUUUUAUGGUUUCGCUGGAACGGGAAAAAGUACCGAACUCAAUCGAGGGCAGCACCGCAGACCUAGAACACAAUAUAGAUGUUGAACGGGGGGAGCUGUCCAGCAUAAUCGAUCUGCAAUCUAUAAAAGUUGAAUCGAUUCAUGCACAAGUGACAAGCACCGAGGAAGCAAUCGAAAAUAAGCCACAAGUGCCUUCGGCUAAAACUAGCCAAACUGGAAGAAGACUGAAACGGCAAGAGAAUCUCAAAGAAACGAAAGGCAAAACUAAAGAAUGCAACUCUCAGCUGAAAGAUUACCGAUGCCGAAUUUGCUUGCAAUUUUUCACGAACAAAGACGCCAUCAAUAGCCAUCUGCUUGGAUCUCAUACAGACGUCAAGAAGCUUCAAUGCCUUAACUGCUCCAAGAUCUUCCGCGGAAGCCAGGGGCUCAAUGUACACGUGCGCAAAUGCUAUACCUUGACAUCAUUUGCAUGCCAACAUUGUGAUGUUCUGGUCAAAUCUAAGAAUGAGCUUGCUGCUCAUGAAUCAAGUUGUGAACAGGACCGAAACAAGCAUCCAACGCCGGAAACACCAAAGCCACACCCAUGCGAUUUCUGUCCAAAGAGCUUCGAUUCGGCCCGCCAGCUCUAUUCCCAUGCAUUGUUACAUGAAGGAAAAUUCGCAUGUGCCAAGUGUGGUACCAAUUUUCAUACGCCUCUCAAUCUGAAAAGACACAACGAACGCUACCACGCACAUGGGAUGGAUGAGCUCAGCACCAUUGUGAAAUGCGAACCUUGCCAGCGCACCUUCGUAGACGCCAGUGCCUAUCGAAGUCACCACACUAGAAUCCAUCGGCAAGAAACCGACAAAGACACCCGCAAACUGGACGAGGACAAACCAUUCGAAUGUGACCAUUGUGGCAAACGGUUCUGGUCCAUCAACACCAUUCGCUACCACAUUCUGGUCCACCGGCAGUACCGGGAUUGCGAUCAGUGCUCGGAAAGCUUCCGCACGGUUCAGCAGCUCAAAAAGCACAAACUGACUGCCCAUCCGGUAAAGUGCCAGUUCUGUCCGAAGAAGUACUUCUCUCGUAAAGCCUGCCGAUCGCAUUCCAACAGAACGCACGGAAUGAUACAGGUCAAACUGUUGGCCAAAAACGGAACCGUAACGUACAAGUGGCGCAAACUGGUGUUCAAGUGUGCCGUCUGUGAGCUGGAUUAUGAAAUUUUCCGCGAUCUCAAGGACCAUUUUGAUAGGAAACAUCCGGAAGAGAAGACGCAAAUCAAAUGCUCGUACUGCGAAAAACACAUCAGCUCCUCUAGGAUUGGAUAUGUGGGCCACGUGACGGGAAACUGCGGCCAAACACCAAAGAAGCUGAAGGCUUGGCAUUAGGCAAAUGGCUCAUUUGAAGUUACAGUGACUUAAGUGCCUUGACAUCAACGUCAUGUAACGGUUUCACACUGAUUCAACUGCACGACAACGUCUGAUGUAAAAAAUCAUGCCUCAAUCUAGUGUUUAACAUACCUAUAUUUUUGUUUCGAAAUAAAUGAUUUGUUUAUAGAACUGCUA